AUGUCCUUCCUCAUGCGCACCUCCGUCCGCAGCGCCGCCAGCGCGCGCUCCGUCGCCUCCCGCCCUGCUUUCUUCUCGACCUCGCUCGCUGCACGCAAGAGCGCCGCCGAGACGGUCAAGGACAGCGUUAAGACUGUCGAUCGCAAGGUGUCGGAUGUGCUUGUGGGUGGGAUUGAGGCUGGUGAGAAUGCAGCAGGCAAGGUCAAGGAAGUCUCGGGCAUGUCGGCUGGUGAGGUUAAGGGCAAGGCGAGUGAGGUAGCCGGUCAGGUUUCUGGCAAGGCCCAGGAAGUCGCGGGAAUGUCGACCGGUGAGGUUAAGGGCAAGGCGAGUGAGGUAGCCGGCCAGGUGUCAGGCAAGGCCCAGGAAGUCGCGGGCAUGUCGACCGGUGAGGUUAAGGGCAAGGCUUCUGAGUUGGCGGGCCAGGCGAAGGGAAAGGCGAAUGAGGUCGCUGGCGAGGCCAAGGGAAAGGCGAAUGAAGUGAAGGGGAAGAUGUAA